CCCCCAGACCCCCAGAGACCCCCAGACCCCCAGAGACCCCCAGACCCCCAGAGGUUUUUCGUCAUGGGACAAAACUACCACCUAUCAGGAAAACCCCAGUGAAUGAACCGACCGGUCUAUACUCAGAUUUGAUCACUAAGAGAGUGUCUACAAACAAGUUUUCAAGCGACAGACCAGAAACCCAACGGAGCUCUCUCUGUCAGCCCAACACCCCAACAGUGAAGACCUUCCAGGUGGCGGCUGAUGUGUAUGAGCGGAUGGAAAACCUUCCUCCGGGACCAACCACGGAGUUACCGCCCAACACUGACUUCUAUGCCGGGGCGUAUGCAGCCAAAGUCCAGCUGCCCUAUCAGUCCAUACCUGGCAAGACCCCCCGCAAGAUAGAGAUCGAGAGACGGAGAAAGGAGUACAUGAAACUCGACAUAGAAAAGCUCCUGUCGGAAAAGGGCAUAGACGCUACGCACCUUAUGCCUGUACCUCAAAGCAGUGGUAGUGAGGACCAUGUGCCGAACCUAAAUCAACCUGGCCCGCCUGCCUCUAACUAUCUACCCUUGGAGGUGUUUGACAAUGAGGAGUUUGACUGCCGUACGCCGGCUGACUGGCUGGCUCUGGGCUGUGCAGAGGCCUCUUCUGAGCGGAAGCCUGUCCCAGCUCGGGCGCUGCUGCCCACCGACGACCAGCCUCCACCAGAAGAGCCUGACAGCCCCAGCGGUCCCCACAGCUGGCAGGCGGUGGGGGUUCUGGCCUACAGCCAGGAGAAAGGCCGGUACCUGGUGCAGAAGGCAGAUCAACACGGCCGAUUACGGCAGCAACAGAUCACCCCCUUUCUGAACGGAGGGGCCGGUGACGAUGUCCUGCCAGGGGGUGGGUUCUGGGUGCCCCGGAUCCGGCUGCUGUUCAGCGCCGAGGACCCUCGUGGGUUUGCCGAGCGCGUGCAGUGGGCCCAGCGUGCGAGGGAGAAGGCGGAGGCCAUGAUUCUGUACGGCCUCUCGGUGGACUGCAUGCCUGUGUGGAGCGGGACGGGUGGGACGCCCUCCUUGGACGCGGCCACUCUGCAGCACAUCUCGGCCGACGCCCUCUCCACGCCUGGACUCAGAGGGAGGACGCUGCAGGAGUGUGUGAAGAGGCUGGAGGUGGAGAUGAAGCAGGAAUAUGAUCACACCAUGAACCGCAUCACCUUUGAGAAGGUGGUGAGGAGUCACCCAGAAGAGUUUCCAAACAUCACGCUGCCGCAGCCACAACCCUGGCCAGUACCACGCAAAGGCUGUUGGUCUCUUCCUGAUUAUCCCUUCAAGAAGAACCGAGCUGUAUUUGUCGUCAGCUGUCUGCUGACCAAACCUGAGGUGAUCGGCGCUCUGUCCGAAGUAUGCGCUCAGUGCAACCGCCUGGGCACCAUGUGUCUCUUCCACAUCACGUUCAGCAGGCCGGUGCGUCUGGAAGCCUUCGAGCUCAUCCAGUCUCAGAUGCGUUCACAGGUCUCUCUGUUCCUCCGGGAGACCUGGGUGUCCACGUUGUGUGAAAACAUCAGCUCCAAGCUGCGCUCGAUGGGCCCCGGCUGGUACAACCUGGAGGAGUCGUGCUGGGAGGUGUACAGGAUGUCCAAGCUGUGUCGCCUGCUGUCCGUGGUGCGCUACAGGCUGCAGGACUCGCUGCGUUUCCUCGUGCAGGGCUCACUGCAGGGCCUGGCCCAGCUGGUGCUGGACAGCUGCCACUGUGUCCAUGCUGCUCCUCCAGAACUGGUCUGGGGCAGCGACCUCAUCACCAGCCCAUACAGGCCCAAGAAGAAUCCCCUCUUCCUGGUGGACCUGGUUUUGGAUCAAACCGGAGUCCACUACAGCACUCCACUGGAGGUGUUUGGAAGCUCUGUCAUCAACCUGUUUGACAAAGGCAUCAUGGCCACACACAAUGUGCCACAGCUCGACAAGUUUGUGAUGCAGCAGAUGUUCUACAGUGGGGUGCCGCUGCUGGAGUCGGUUGGUUUGUGGGAACCGGCGGUGUGCGAGCUGAGAGACCAGGUCAGCGCGGCUCUGAGACAGGCCUGUGGACCCCUCAGGGCCUAUGCUGCUGAAUACGAGCAGUACCUGGAACUGCACAACUCAGACUUAGAAAGCCUGCUCUGGGCUCAGAAGCAGGUUGCGCAGACAGCGCAGGAGGUGAAGAAGGAGGUGCUGGAGAUCCUGAAGGAGAAGAAGAGGCUGGAGUCCUCCUUGCCCUCCCUCAUUGUGAUCGGUCCGUUUGCAGUCAGUGUGGACAGCGUGCGCCAGGCUCUCUCUAAGAAGCGGAAGGCCCUGGCUAACGGCAUGAUAGACCAUCUUACCUCUACGCUACGCAAGGAGGUCGACCUGGCCUGCGAGCAGUGCAAGGCCAUCAGCAAGAAGCUGAAUGAGAAGCCCAACACCAUCGAGGAACUUACUGAACAAAGAGAGUGGAUGCAGCAGAUCCCUGACCUGCUCAAGAGUCACCAGGAGGUUCUGGAGAAGGCCCUGUCGGACUACGACCUGGUGGAUGAGUUCUACUGCAGUCUGUCUAAGGAGGAUUUCAACGCAAAGUGGGCCGCCAUCGGCUGGCCUCAGAAGAUCCUGACCCAGAUGGAAGAGGCGGCUGCCCAGCACCUAGAGGACGAGCAGAGCUUCCACAAGAUCCAGAUGGUGGACCAGAACAACUUCCAGGAGAGGCUGGACUCACUGCAGAUGUUGGUGGCUGGGUUUUCUGCCCACACAGAUGUUGGGCGGGCCCAUGAAACAGCCAAUGAGGUGAGGCGUCUGGCCAAACAGAUCCAGGAGUCCCAGGUGAUGGCCCAGACGUACAACAACCGGGAGCGUCUCUUCGGGAAUCCCAUCACAAAUUACGACCGGCUCCAGAAGCUGACCAAGGACUUCCAGCCGUUCAGGGACCUGUGGGCCACCACGUCCGACUGGCUGCGCUGGCACGACAGCUGGAUGAACGACCCGCUGGGCGCCAUCGACCCCGAGCUGCUGGAGCGCAACGUGAACCAAGCCUUCAAGAGCAUGCACAAGUGUGUGAAGCAGCUCAAGGACGUCUCCGACUGCCAGGCGGUGGCGGUCGAAAUCUGUGACAAGAUCGAGGACUUCCGGCCCUACAUCCCCCUGAUCCAGGGCCUGAGGAACCCGGGGAUGAGGAUGCGCCACUGGCAGCAGCUCUCGGACGACAUCCAGAUGAAUGUGAAGCCCAAGGCCAACCUCACCUUCUCCCGCUGCCUGGAGAUGGGUCUGCACAACCACGUGGAGGAGAUAGCCAGCGCUGCCGAGGGCGCUGGGAAGGAGUACGCCAUCGAACAGGCUCUUGACAAGAUGGAGAAGGACUGGUCCACGGUGGCAUUUGAUAUAGUGGCCUACAAGGAUACAGGCACCUACGUCCUGAAGAGCCCCGAAGAGGCGUCCCAGCUCCUGGACGACCACAUCGUCAUGACCCAGAGCAUGUCCUUCUCGCCCUACAAAAAGGCUUUUGAGGAGCGCAUCAGCAGCUGGGAGAGCAAGCUCCGGAUGACACAGGACGUGAUGGAGGAGUGGGUCACUUGCCAGAACUCGUGGCUCUACCUGGAGCCCAUCUUCAGCUCGGAUGACAUCAACCGGCAGCUUCCUGUCGAGGCCAAGAGGUACCAGAGCAUGGAGAGGAUGUGGAGGAAGAUCAUGAAGAGCGCCUUUGAAAACAGACAGGUGAUUGAGGUGUGUCCAAAUGCCCGUCUGCUGGACAGCUUGAGGGAGUGUAACAAGCUGCUGGAGCAGGUCCAGAAGGGGCUCAGUGAAUACCUGGAGACCAAGAGAGGCGCCUUCCCCAGGUUCUAUUUCCUGUCGGACGACGAGCUCCUGGAGAUCCUGUCCCAGACCAAGGAUCCCACCGCUGUGCAGCCCCACCUGCGCAAGUGCUUUGAGAACAUUGCUCGGCUGAAGUUCCAGGCAGACUUGCAGAUCACCCACAUGUACUCCGGGGAGGGCGAGGAGGUGGAGCUGCUGCAGCCCGUGAGGCCCAGCGGGAACGUGGAGAACUGGCUGAGGGAGGUUGAGAGGUCCAUGAAGGCCAGCCUGAGGGACAACAUCCACCGCUCCCUGCUGGCCUACCCUGAGCAACCCCGAACGGAUUGGGUGUUGUCCUGGCCGGGCCAGGUGGUGAUAGCCGGCUGCCAGGUGUUCUGGACCACUGAGGUCUCCGAGGCCCUGGAACGGGGAGACCUGUCACAUCGCCUCUACCCUGAGCUCCAGACACAGCUGGGGGACUUGGUGCAGCUGGUGAGAGGCGGUCUAUCCAAGAUGCAGAGGGCUGUGCUCUCGGCUCUCAUCGUCAUCGAGGUCCACUCUAAGGAUGUGGUGGCCAAGCUGGUGGAGGAGGGCGUCUCCAGCGUUAACGACUUUGAGUGGAUCAGCCAGCUGAGAUAUUACUGGGCCAAAGAGGACCUGUAUGUCAGGGCAGUGAAUGCAGAGUUCCUGUACGGAUACGAGUACCUGGGCAACUCUGGGCGUCUCGUCAUCACCCCUCUGACCGACAGGUGCUACCUGACCCUCACCGGAGCACUCCACCUGAAGUUUGGGGGGGCUCCCGCGGGCCCGGCUGGGACGGGAAAGACGGAGACCACCAAGGAUCUGGGCAAGGCCCUGGCCAUUCAGACCGUGGUGUUCAACUGCUCGGACCAGCUGGACUUCAUCGCCAUGGGCAAGUUCCUUAAAGGACUGGCCACCUCCGGGGCCUGGGCGUGCUUUGAUGAGUUUAACCGUAUUGACGUGGAGGUGCUGUCUGUAGUCGCACAACAGAUCACCACCAUACAAAAGGCACAGCAGCAAAGGGCGGAGCGCUUUGUUUUUGAGGGGGCCGAGAUCCCCCUUGUCCCCUCGUGCGCAGUCUUCAUCACCAUGAACCCUGGUUAUGCUGGCCGCACCGAACUACCUGACAACCUCAAGGCCCUGUUCCGGCCCAUGGCUAUGAUGGUUCCUGACUAUGCUAUGAUUGCAGAGAUCUCUCUGUACUCGUUUGGCUUCAGCAACGCCAAAGUCCUCUCCAAAAAGAUCACCACCACCUUCAAGCUCUCCUCCGAGCAGCUUAGCGCUCAGGAUCACUAUGACUUUGGCAUGAGAGCCGUGAAGACUGUGAUCUCAGCUGCUGGAAACCUUAAGAGAGAGAAUCCAGACAUGGAUGAGGAGUUAAUCUGCCUGCGGGCCAUCCGAGACGUCAACGUCCCCAAGUUCCUUCAGGAUGACCUGAAGCUCUUCAACGGUAUUGUGUCAGAUCUGUUCCCGAAGAUCAAGGAGGAGCCCGUAGACUAUGGCGCCCUGGAGGAAUCAAUACGCAACGUCUGCAACAAGAGGAACCUCAAAGAUGUCGAUGGAUACAUCACCAAGUGUAUCCAGCUGUACGAGACUACAGUGGUAAGACAUGGCCUGAUGUUGGUGGGGCCAGCUGGAUCAGGCAAAACCAAGUGUUACCAGACACUAGGAGCAGCCAUCACAGCCCUCAAGGGACAGCCGUCGGUGAGCGGUGGUGUGUACGAGGUGGUUCACAUCUUCGUGCUCAACCCGAAGUCCAUCACCAUGGGGCAGCUCUACGGGCAGUUUGACCCGCUCACACAUGAAUGGACUGACGGCAUCCUUUCCUCCCUGAUCCGUGGCGGGGCGGUGUCCAUGAACGAGGAGAAGAAGUGGUACAUGUUCGACGGGCCCGUGGACGCUGUGUGGAUCGAGAACAUGAACACGGUGCUGGACGACAACAAGAAGCUAUGUCUCAGCUCUGGGGAGAUCAUGAAGCUCACCGAUGUGAUGACCAUGAUGUUCGAGGUGCAGGACCUGGCCGUGGCAUCUCCAGCCACCGUGUCUCGCUGCGGCAUGGUGUACCUGGAGCCCAGCAUCCUGGGCCUGACGCCCUUCACUGAGUGCUGGCUGCGGCAGCUCCCCGGACCCCUCCGAGCCCACACAGAGCAGCUCAGCUCCCUCUUCACGGCCUUCCUGCAGGACUCCAUCACUUUUGUGCACGAGUCAGUGAAGGAGGUCAUCGCCUCAACGGACAGCAACCUGACCUGUAGCCUUCUGAACCUGAUGGACUGCUUCUUCAAACCAUUCGUUCCAAAAGAGGAUGUGAAGCCCCCUCCCCAGCAGACACUGAGCCGCCUGGGGGAGCUGAUCCAACCCUGGUUCAUGUUCUCUCUGGUGUGGAGUGUUGGAGCCACCGGAGACGGGGGCAGCCGCCAGCGCUUCAGUGCCUGGCUCAGGGGCAGAAUGGCUGAGGAGAAGAUGGACAUGUGUUUUCCAGAUGAAGGCGUGGUCUAUGAUUACAUGCUCGAUGAUGCAGGGAUCUCUAACUUUGUGGAUGGACAUGAGGAUGACCAAGAGAGAAAGGUGCAGUGGGUGGGCUGGAUGGAAUGCACCCCCAACGUGGUCAUCGACAAAGAGACAAGCUAUUCUGACAUAAUCGUUCCCACACUGGACACUGUGAGAACGUCAUUCCUGCUGGACAUGCUCUUAGCAAACAGGAAGCCUGUCCUGUGUGUUGGUCCCACCGGCACAGGGAAGACCCUGACCAUGUCAGACAAGCUGCUCAACAACAUGCCCGCUCAAUACGUCACACACUUCCUCAAUUUCUCGGCCCGCACUUCAGCCAAUCAGACUCAAGAUUACAUCGACAGCAAAUUGGACAAGAGACGUAAGGGUGUGUUCGGGCCUCCGCUGGGCAAGAGCUUCAUCAUCUUCAUCGAUGAUCUGAACAUGCCCAUGUUGGAGACCUACGGCGCCCAGCCUCCCAUAGAACUGCUCCGCCAGUGGAUGGACCACCGAGGCUGGUACGACAGGAAGCAGAUAGGAACCUUCAAAAAGGUGGUGGACAUUAACUUUGCGUGUGCCAUGGGCCUGCCCGGAGGUGGACGCAACCCGGUAACGCAACGCUUCACGCGCCACUUCAACAUGUUGUCCCUGACCCAGAUGGAAGAUGCCAGCAUGAAGACCAUCUUCUCUACCAUUCUAGGGAGCUGGAUGGAUGGACAGAUGAGUCAGAAGGCACCUGGCGUCCCUGUCCCGACCCUCCAGCCCCUGAACAGUCCUCUAGUAGAUGCCACGCUGAAGGUCUACUCCACCAUCACCUCUCAGCUCCUGCCAACACCCGCCAAAUCCCACUACACCUUCAACCUGCGGGACCUGUCCAAGGUCUUUCAGGGCGUGCUGAUGGCCGAGGCCUCCUCCGUAGAGGACAAAGUGCAGCUGCUCCGGCUCUGGUACCAUGAGAACUGCCGGGUGUUCCAGGACCGCCUGGUCAGUCCCCAGGACAGGGACUGGUUCGACCGGCUCCUGCAGAGCUGCAUGGAGGAGCUGGGCUGCAGCGUGGAGGAGGUGGUGCCCUCCAGGCCCGUCCUGUACGGAGACUUCAUGACCCCCGGCACGGACAACAAGGUCUACGCACCCAUGGACAACCAGGAGAAGCUGGUGCGCGUGAUGGAGGAGUACAUGGAGGACUACAACCAGGGCAGCACCAGCAAGAUGAGGCUGGUGCUGUUCAUGGACGCCGUGCAGCACGUGUGCUGCAUCAGCCGCAUCCUGCGCCAGCCGCUGGGCAACGCGCUGCUGCUGGGGGUGGGGGGCAGCGGACGGCAGUCCCUCACCAGGCUGGCCUCCCACAUCUCGGAUUAUGAAUGUUUCCAGAUUGAAUUGUCUAAGAACUAUGGUCAGACUGAGUGGAGGGAAGACAUCAAGGGCAUCAUGCUGAAGGCCGGCCUGACCAACCAGCAGAUCACCUUCCUGUUUGUAGACACACAGAUAAAGAGUGAGUCGUUUUUGGAGGAUGUGAACAGCAUCCUGAACUCCGGAGACGUGCCCAACCUGUACGCGUCCGACGAGCAGGAGCGGAUCCUCAGCUCCAUGAAGCCGGUGGUGCAGAACGCGGGCCAGCAGCCCACCAAGGCCAACCUGAUGUCCGCCUACAUCAAGAGGGUCCGCAGCAACAUCCACACAGUGCUCUGUAUGAGUCCCAUUGGGGAGGUGUUCAGGGCCCGUCUCAGGCAGUUCCCCUCCCUGGUGACCUGCUGCACCAUAGACUGGUUCAGCGCCUGGCCCCAGGAGGCGCUGCAGUCUGUGGCCACCUCCUUCCUCAGCGAGCUCCCCGAGCUGGAGGCCAGCCCCGCAGCCAUGAUAGGACUGACCUCCAUGUGCAUGAGGAUCCACCAGACGGUGGCGACCAAGUGCGGGCAGUACCUGGCCGAGCUGUCACGCCACAACUACGUCACGCCCAAGAGCUACCUGGAGCUGCUCAGCGUCUUCUCCUCUCUCAUUGGCCGCAAGAAGCAGGAGCUCCACAGCGAGCGGCAGCGCAUGAAGACCGGCCUCGACAAGCUCCUCAGCACGGCCGACGACGUGAGCAAGAUGCAGGAGGAGCUGGAGAACAUGGGGCCUCUUCUGGAGGAGGCAGCCAGAGACACUGAGGCCACCAUGCAGCAGAUCAAGGAAGACACGGUGGUGGCCGAGGAGACGCGCACGGCUGUGCAGGCCGAGGAGGCCAAGGCCCUGGAGAAGGCCCGGGUGGCAGGCGCCAUCGCGGCGGACGCCCAGAAGGACCUGGACGAGGCCCUGCCCGCGCUGGACGCCGCCCUCACCAGCCUCAAGUCACUCAACAAGAACGACGUCACGGAGGUGCGUGCGAUGCAGCGCCCUCCACAUGGUGUGAGGCUGGUGGUGGAGGCGGUGUGCAUCAUGAAGGGCAUCAAGCCCAAGAAGGUAGCAGGCGAGAAGCCAGGAACCCGGGUGGACGACUACUGGGACCCGGGAAAAGCUCUGCUCCAAGACCCGGGCAAGUUCCUGGAUGGCCUCUUUAAGUUCGAUAAGGAGAACAUUCCAGAUUCUGUGAUCAAGCUGGUACAGCCAUACAUCGAUAAUGAGGAGUUCCAGCCAGCCUCAAUCGCCAAGGUGUCCAAGGCCUGCACCUCCAUCUGCCAGUGGGUGCGCGCCAUGCACAUGUAUCACUUCGUGGCCAGAGCUGUGGAGCCAAAACGGCAAGCGCUGCAAGGCGCCCAGGAGGACCUGGAGGCCACCCAGCUCAUCCUGGACGAUGCCAAGGCCAAGCUGUCUGUGGUGGAGGAGGGCAUCACCGCCCUGCAGGCCAAGUACCACGACUGCCUGGCCAAAAGGGACGAGCUGCAGGCCAAGUGUCUGCUGUGUGAGGGCCGCCUGGUCCGAGCAGACAAGCUGAUUGGAGGACUGGCAGACGAGAAGGUGCGCUGGAAGGAGACGGUGAAGCACCUGGACUACAUGGUCAACAAUGUAUCCGGAGACGUGCUGCUGUCUGCGGGCUUCGUGGCCUACCUGGGGCCCUUCACUGGGGAGUACCGCGCGGCCAUGGCUGAGGAAUGGCUCCAUGGCUUCAGAGAGCUCAGCGUCCCUCACACACAAGAACCCAGCCUCAUCAGCACGCUGGGAGACCCCGUCAAGAUCCGGUCCUGGCAGAUAACAGGCUUGCCCAAGGACAGCCUAUCGGUGGAGAAUGGGGUGAUCACCCAGUUCUCAGCGCGUUGGCCUCUGUUCAUCGACCCACAGGGACAGGCCAACAAGUGGAUCAAAAACAUGGAGCGGGAGAAGGGAUUGGAUGUCAUGAAGCUCAGUGACCGGGACUUCCUGCGCAGCCUGGAGAACGCCAUCCGCUUCGGGAAGCCCUGCCUGUUGGAAAACGUCGGGGAGGAGCUGGACCCUGCUCUGGAACCCGUUCUGCUGCGCCAGACCUAUAAGCACCAGGGGACCACCAUGAUGAAGCUGGGAGACACGGUCAUCCCCUACCACCACGACUUCAAGAUGUACAUCACCAGCAAGCUGCCCAACCCCCAUUACUCUCCCGAAGUCUCCACCAAGGUCACCCUCAUCAACUUCACCCUCUCGCCCAGCGGGCUGGAGGACCAGCUGCUGGGCCAGGUGGUGGCCGAGGAGCGAGCCGACCUGGAGGAGGCCAAGAACCAGCUGAUCGUCAGCGGCGCCCGCAUGAGGCAGGAGCUGAAGGACAUCGAGGACCAGAUCCUGCUCCGCCUCAGCUCCUCCGAGGGGAACCCCGUGGACGACGAGGAGCUCAUCAGGGUGCUGGGAGCCUCCAAGAUCAAGGCUGCAGAGAUCCAGGCUAAAGUGACUGUUGCCGAGGCGACGGAGAGGGACAUCGACGCCACGCGGCAGGAGUAUGUGCCGGUGGCGGUGCGCACCCAGAUCCUGUUCUUCUGCGUGUCGGACCUCUCCAACGUGGAUCCCAUGUACCAGUACUGCCUGGAAUGGUUCCUCAGCAUCUUCAUUGCCGGGAUCGCAAACUCUGAGACCGCAGACACGGUGGAGCAGAGGAUCGUCAACAUCAACGACUACUUCACCUUCAGCCUGUACAGCAACGUGUGCCGCAGCCUGUUUGAGAAACACAAGCUGAUGUUUGCCUUCCUCGUGUGCGCGCGCAUCAUGAUGAACGACAACAACAUCGACAUGGCCGAGUGGAGCUACCUCCUGUCGGGGGGCAUGGCGAGCCAGGAGCUGGCUAACCCGGCGUCAGACUGGCUGUCGGAGCGCGCCUGGCAGGACGUCCUGUCCCUCAGCGCCCUGCCCAGCUUCAGCGGCCUGGUCCACAGCUUCCCCACACACACGCAGGACCUCAAGACGAUGUUCGACAGCAGCCAGCCCCACAGGGAGCCUCUCACUGGGCCGUUGGGCAGCACGCUGACUCCGUUCCAGAGGUUGCUGCUACUGCGCUGUCUGAGGGCCGACCGGCUGACCCACGGCCUGCAGGACUUUGUGUCCUCCCAGCUGGGACAGCGCUUCAUAGAGCCACAGACCUCAGACCUGGCGGUGGUCUUCAAGGACUCCUCCCCCUCCACCCCCCUCAUCUUCGUCCUCUCCGCUGGCACCGACCCCGCCGCAGACCUCUACAAGUUUGCCGACACCAUGAAGUUCUCCAAGAAGAUGAAUGCCAUUUCCCUGGGCCAGGGCCAGGGCCCCUGGGCGGAGGCCCUGAUGCACAGCGCCAUGGAAACGGGUAAAUGGUCGUUCCUUCAGAACUGUCACCUGGCGCCAAGCUGGAUGCCCUCCCUGGAGAGACUGAUCGAGAACAUCCAACCGGAUAAGGUGCACAGAGACUUCCGUCUGUGGCUCACCAGUAUGCCCAGCAACAAGUUCCCCGUCUCCAUCCUCCAGAACGGCUCGAAGAUGACCAUCGAGCCCCCACGGGGGAUCAAGGCCAACCUGCUGAAGACCUACCUGAGCCUCACCGACGACUUCCUGAGCUCCUGCUCCAAGGCUCAAGAGUUCAAGUCGCUGCUCCUCUCUCUGUGUCUGUUCCACGGCAACGCCAUCGAGCGCAGGAAGUUUGGCCCCCUGGGCUUCAAUAUCCCCUACGAGUUCACAGACGGCGACCUGCGCAUCUGCAUCAGCCAGCUGCACAUGUUCCUGGACGAAUACCAAGACAUCCCAUACAAGGUGCUGAAAUACACUGCGGGCCAGGUCAACUACGGCGGCCGUGUGACAGACGACUGGGACAGGCGAUGCCUCCUAAACGUACUGGAGGACUUCUACUGCCCUGCCGUCCUCAGCCCCGGACACCUCUACACCGUCUCCGGGGACUACCGGCAGAUCGACACCCAGUUGGGGAUCCAGGACUACCUGGCCUACAUCCGCAGCCUGCCUAUCAACGAUACGCCGGAGAUAUUUGGUCUCCAUGACAACGCCAACAUCAGCUUCGCCCAGAAUGAGUCCUUCGCCCUGCUGGGAGCAGUGGUUCAACUGCAGCCGCGAGCCGCAGCCAGCGGGGGCAGGGCUCAGGAGGAGAUCGUGGAGGAGAUUGUGUCGGGGAUUGUGGAGAAAAUUCCCAAGCCUAUCGAUAUCCGGGAGGUGCUGUCCAAGUACCCGGUCCUCUACGAGGAGUCGAUGAACACUGUGCUGCUCCAGGAGGUGAUCAGGUAUAACAAGCUGCUGGCGGUCAUGUCCCAGACUCUGGGUGACAUUGUGAAGGCUCUCAGGGGGUUAGUGGUGAUGUCCUCUGAACUGGAGCUGAUGGCCUGCAGCCUGUUUAUCAACGCUGUGCCGGAUGUGUGGAUGGCCAAGGCCUACCCCUCCCUGAAGCCUCUGGCCUCCUGGGUGGCCGACCUGCUGCAGAGGGUCGGCUUCAUGCAGCGCUGGAUCGCUGAGGGCCCCCCCGCCGUCUUCUGGAUCUCUGGCCUCUUCUUCCCCCAGGCCUUCCUCACCGGGACGCUGCAGAACUACGCCCGCAGCUCCCGGCUCUCCAUAGACACCAUCGGCUUCACCUUUAAGGUGAUAACUACCCCAGCCUCUGACAUCGUGGAGCUGCCGUCCCGGGGCUGCUACGUCCACGGGCUGUACCUGGAGGGGGCUCGCUGGGACUCCCACACCGCCCAGCUCGCCACCUCCCGGCCCAAGGAGCUCUACAGCGAGAUGGCCGUCAUAUGGAUGAUCCCCCAGGCCGACUGCAGAACCCCGGUCAGCGGGGUCUACAUCUGCCCCAUCUAUAAGACCCUCACCCGGGCGGGCACCCUGUCCACCACCGGUCACUCCACCAACUAUGUGAUGGCGGUGGAGCUGCCGAGCGAGCGGCCGCAGAAACAUUGGAUCAAGCAGGGGGUGGCGCUCGUCUGCGCCCUGGACUACUGACGAUACACACACACAGAUACACACACACGCAGAGAGACACAACCCCAAACACACACACACACACACACACACACA